AUGGAACUAAGUUUAUCAACUGGUUUAGGUCGUAAAUCUAAACCCAAACAAGAGAACAAAAAGGAUAACGAGUCGAAAACAGCAUUUCACACAUAUCAACAGAGAAAAACAUUUGGCCAAGGAAUGAUGGACUUGGCAUUGCUAACGGCCAAUGUGAAUCAAUUACGUGCCAUACUGGAUGCUAAGAUGAAACAUCCCUACUAUCAUGUGAACCUGGUAUUUAUUGGUAUAAGCAUUUUCUUUCAAGUAAUUGUGGGCAUCAGUCUUAUUCUUAAUAGUCGUGUCAACGUUAGCGAAGAAACGGAUGUGUCAAACGCUUCGAGGGUUAGUAACAUCACAUUUGCCUGUACUUUUGUGAUCACUAUUGCCAAUAUUUUCCUAUCGGUGUUUUACGAAGCGGACAACAAAUGAAAAUAUCCAUAUAACACACUAUAUAUUUUUUUUUUUGUUUUUUGCAAUUUAGUAAACAUGUGUAUUAAAAAUUUAUAAUAAAUUGUUGGCGACAAUAGCUAUAAAAGAACUCAUUCACAAACUUAAUAA